CUUGUGCACAUUUAAAUUCCACGGAGUGUUGUUUAUGUCGCGCCCCUCGUCUGCUUAAUUCAGAGUAUCGUUUCAUUUUAACACAAUUUAAGAUCACAUUAAGGCUAAUUUUCUACAUCAAACACCUCAAGAUGGCAGGGAACUUCUGGCAGAGCUCACAUUAUCUGCAGUGGGUUCUGGACAAACAGGAUCUGAUGAAGGAGAGACAGAAAGAUCUCAAGUUCCUCACAGAGGAGGAAUAUUGGAAGCUACAGAUAUUUUUUGCCAAUGUGAUUCAAGCCUUAGGGGAACACUUGAAACUCAGGCAGCAGGUCAUCGCCACGGCAACCGUCUACUUUAAGCGUUUCUACGCCAGGUACUCUCUGAAGAGCAUAGACCCUGUGCUGAUGGCCCCCACAUGUGUGUUUCUGGCCUCUAAAGUAGAGGAAUUUGGUGUUGUUUCGAACACACGCCUUAUUUCAGCAGCAACGUCUGUGUUGAAAACGAGGUUCUCUUAUGCCUUUCCAAAGGAGUUUCCCUUCAGAAUGAACCACAUCUUGGAGUGUGAAUUCUACUUACUGGAGCUCAUGGACUGCUGUCUGAUCGUGUACCACCCUUACAGACCGUUACUGCAGUAUGUGCAGGACAUGGGUCAGGAGGACAUGCUGCUGCCGCUGGCUUGGAGGAUAGUGAACGACACCUACAGGACAGACCUGUGUCUGCUUUAUCCUCCAUUUAUGAUUGCACUGGCCUGCCUGCAUGUGGCCUGUGUGGUGCAGCAGAAAGAUGCCAGGCAGUGGUUUGCUGAGCUGUCUGUUGACAUGGACAAGAUCCUGGAGAUCAUCAGGGUGAUUCUGAAACUCUAUGACCAGUGGAAGAACUUUGAUGAUAGGAAGGAAAUGGCCGCUGUGCUCAACAAGGUGCCCAAACCCAAACCCCCUCCUAACAGUGAGACUGACCAGAGCUCAAACGGGAGUCAAAACAGCUCGUACAGUCAGUCCUAGAGUGGCCCCUGCUGGAGGACCUGAGGCGGAGUGAUUCAGAGAGGCAAACACAGCACAUCCUGGCACAUCUGAAUGCUGCUUUUCACAAGCACAUCGUUUUAUGACCGUGUGGAAAAAACGAUUCCUGGCACACACAUCCUCUCUUUCCUCUCUUCUGGGUUCUUCCAGCAAUCAGAGCAAUCACAAACGCACCUCAUUGGGUAUCUGCUUGAUGAAGAGGGGUGCUGUUUUCCCAGAUCGAUGGUCCUGACUUCCUUGAAAAGUCCCAUUAGGCUUCUUUCAGCGGAUGCUCUUUGGGAACUAAGAAAACUUGAUUAUUUUCUGUCUGGGAGUGACGAAGAGAGAGUGUGUGUGUUUAAUGGCAAAUAUAUUUGUAUGCGUGCCUCUCGUUGACCAUAUCACAGUUUGUAUUCCUCAGGGAAACGGAUCAGUCCUCUCUACAAAGUGGCUGUCUGUAAACUGAUUGGCCACAGGGCUAUGUGACGGCGAUCUUUUGAACCCUCGUACUGUGUAAUCAAAUCCUGAUUGGAUAUUUGACACACGUGUGGAUGUGAGUUAGAAUGCACAAGUGACAGAUAGUUGAGUUGAUCACAAUAUGCUUCAAACUGCAUUGUAAAUAUGCUUUCCAUUUAAAGCCCUUGACUUUGUUUUUAUCAUUUUUGUCUUAUUAUAAAGUUACUGUAUGAUUAUGCUAUGUGUACUUGCCAUAACCCAAAUGCUGUUUUUUUUGCUUUCAUUUUGUUUGUUUUUUUAAUUGAUGUCUCUGUAGCUGCAGCACACUGAAGUAUCCAUCACGUUUAAUGGAGGACAAGCCAAUAUCUUGAGGGUUUUGGAAAUGUAGAUCUGCAUCUUAGGUGUGGUUAUCAAGUCCCUCACUUCCCAUCAUUUCCAUCUCCAUUAUUAGUUUGAGGGACACAUAACUAAUUGUGGAAGGACCUCAAAAGAUUUUACAGUACAUACAUGUUUGGCUGUGUUUGAAUGGAAUUUUUGUUUUUGGUUCUUUGUUUAGCUGUGCUUCAGGAGUGUUGCCUCAUCUUUAUUGAGUGAUCUUGCAUAAAUGUGGCCCUUCUCCGUGAUGCAGUGUAUGUAUUAUUUGCCUGUAUAUAUAUUUGAUAAUGUGAGAGCUGUGAAAGGUGAGAGGGCUUGGAGUGUUCUCAUUUGUUUGUCUAUAAUGGAGCUCAGAAGCCUUAUUGAAUAAAGCUGCUGUUGAAACAAAAA